GCAUACUUCGCUCUGAAAUUAAUCAAGAAUUGAUAUUCAUCGAAUUUUCCGGAAGGAAAUUCAGGCCGGAGGAGACAAAAAAACGAGUCGAAACUCGAAACGCGCGCGCAUUAUUCGCGCGCAGUUGGCAGAUCUGGGCAACAUACAACACGUUCGCUCGAGACAGAGAAAGAGAAGGAGGUAUUCGGUCUACACUACAUUCAAGGCGUACGGUCGUGUGUCGCAUCUAUCCACCGUGCGGGGCCCCGUUGCAAGUCGGGUAACCGAACAUAUACGUAUGUCGUGUUGCGCGAGCGACGUAGCGCGCCUUCCGAACGUUGUUGUCGUCGAAUUCGGCCUAGCCCGGUUCCGCUCAGGCCCGCUUUCUCUCGUCGCGAUUGCAUGCGCGCGGAGUCGCGCGUCGACGUUUCUCUGGCGGCCUCCUGGUGCUGGGUUCCGAGGUGAUCGGGAGAGACCGAGCGAGGUGCCGCGAGAACGAAGUGAGUGAGAGAGAGGGAGUGGGGGAGAGAUAAAGACGGAUAGGGAAACGGAGAGAGAGAGAGAGAAGAAGAAGAAGAGCGCGCGCGCGCGCCUUCCACCGUCGUUGCGUUCCUGGGGAACGACGCUCCUUGCGACUCCUUCGACGCAUCGUGAACACACGAAUGUGUCUGUUGCGUCGUUUAGGCGGGAACGGGUCUCUCAGCGAGAAUUUGUCACGAAUCGCAGCGAGGGGAUCCGACAUCGGCAGGCGGAUCUCGUCACGCGACUCGUGAGCUAACAAUAAGAUGCCCGACGUAGUUGCUGCCGCCUGUAGCAACAUCACCACCGAGGAAGCCGGAGCACGCAAUCGAGGGUGUCUCUCGUUCUUCACCAGCGCGCCGUAAGAUCUACUUCAGGGUAUCUGGGUAUUUCUUCACACAGUUGUAGAGGAGCAUGCUGAGUGUUUCAGAAGAUUUGUUUGAGAGACAGUUUCAGAGAGACAGUUUUAGAGAGACAGUGCUUUACCGAUGCGAGGGAAUCUUGUUUCCAUGGAUGUACAGUAAUAGUUUCUGGUGAUUGUAAGUGUAUUUUGAAAUUGCACAUUCAUUGACCAUCUAUCUACGAGUGCUUAAUAUGUGCUUGUUUACCUAGAAAUAUAACUCGGUGAAAGAAAGAUAGAGAAAUAAUUGUGAAGGAAAUAAGAUAAAAAGAAGAAUUUUAAAGUGAAACUGUAUAUGUUUUAUCGAGUGUUGUAAUUUUGCAUUUGCUUAUGUAUACAUAUUCAUAUGUAGCUGUAAAGGCAACUUGUUUUUUCUUUCCAAAUAAGUUAUAUUUUAAUCAUAUAUUAAGAUCACAAUGUAAUAGAAACUUAUUUUGUCAUGUAGCAUACUGAUCCUGGACAAUAUUGCUGGUAUUCCUCUAAGAAUAGAUUUAAGAGAUUUUUUGGUAUUUUACCAAUGUUGAUUUUAUGAGAGAACUUGAUCAAAUAUUACGCCAAGAUGUGUGAGCAAACGGAAAUCAAUUAUUUGGAUGGAGAUGUCGUUUGGGUUAAACUGGGAGCAUGCUGGUGGCCUGGUCAAGUCACCGGAUUGGAUAAUUUGCCAGAAGAUAUACAAACUGAAUUUAAAAAGAAGCCAUUAAUUGCUGCUGUGAAAUUUUAAGAAGAUACCUAUGAAUUUGUAAAGAACUAUCAACAGAUCUACAAGUACAAUUGCACACUUAAAGAUGAAUUUAUUAAAAAAGGCUUGGAUAAAUACAGGACCAAAAGUAAAGAUGGUACUAGUUAUAUGGACAAGUUCCCAGGCGAUGUGGAGACAGCGGAAAAGUUAACGGGAGGUAAUCCUGACAUAUUGAAUCAAGAAAAAUUUUCUCCAGAAGAGAAGCCAGAUAUUUCUGCUCUGUUCGGCGAGAAGAAGAUUCCGAAAAAGAAGCGCGAUCGCGAAGAUGGACACAGGCGGAGCGAUGGCUCGGACAGCAUGAGAAAGAUUACACACCCACGCUUUUUGCGCGGGGAGAGCGACCAUGAGGUUCGCAUUCGUCAACAACCCAGUAGCUUACCAUCGACUCCGACUAACACAGGUUCACCGGUAUAUCGUUGUCAUGUCUGCAAUUUUACUUCCUCGCGCGUCAAUGUCAUUAUAUGUCAUAUAAAAUGUCAUCGGUCCGGCGAGGAGACGCCACCACGAUCGAAGGUAAAAACGUAUUCUCAAUCACGUACUAGAAUUUCUGAUACGAGUACACCGAAACGAAAAUAUGUAAAGAAAGAUAAGAGCCAAUCGAGCAAGAAGAAGAGUGAGAGUGGCUUGGAAUCAGGUAAACGAAAGCAUUCAAAACAGAGUGAGAAAUCUAGUAAAAAGAAGAAGACCGAUCCAGAAUUGCGUGAAAAAUUAUUGGCCGAUUGGGAGGAUGAAUCAGACGAAGAAAUUAUUAAUGUAAAUAAUUCUCUGAAUAGCAGUUCGCCUAUGAAGAGUCAAUCAAGCGUCGACGAUAAAGAAUACAAUGAGGAGAGUGCUGUGGAGAAUAAUGAAAUUAUAGCAGAAACAGAGAAAUUACUCAAAGAUACCGAAGAAUUAUCGUCAAUGCAGAUGAUACAACGAUUGAGUAAUUUUGAUAAGAAAUCCGAGUCUGAAGCAGAAAUUAAGAAGAGCGGUGUAUCCAACGAAACAUCCAAUAAGUCGUCAAAAAAGGACACUUCGAGUUCGGACAAUGAAAGCAAGAAUGACAAAGAUGACAAGAAAUCACGGCUAUCAUGUUUCGAUUUUGACGAGGAUGAUUUAAGCGAACCUUCGAUACCACCUGUACGAAAAAUUCCCAGAGUAUUUGGUGAGAAAAAUUUAUCCUUGAAAAAAGAGAUUAUCAAGGAAUUUGCAAUGAGUCAAGCUUUGAAAAAUGAAAUAAAGAAAGAAGCCGAAAUGUCUGAAUUAGGAAGAAACAUGGAAUUAAAAGCUGAUGAAAUCAUGGAAAUAAUACAAGGUAGUGACAAUCGACAAGAGAAGAAAGAAGCCAAAGCAAAUAAAAAAUUUGAGGAGAAUGUGCAAGAUAAAACAGAAGUGAAACAACCUGAAGAUAAAGAAAAAAAGACUAUUCAAUCAAAAAAGUCCUCCGAUACUAAACCGAUUGUAGAAAUAGUUGAAGAAAGAGAAGAUGGUAAUAAAGAAGAACAUUCUUCAAAUGUUACAAAGCAUAGUGAAAAAAAAUCGAAGAUUACCACAGCGGAUGUACCAACAAAAAACGAUGAAGAAACAUUGAAGAAAGAAAGCGAAACAUCGUCAGAUGUUAAACAUAAUGAUAAAGUACUUCGAUCCGAGAAAACUGACUUGGAGGAUGUAAUCGCGGAAUCUAAUGAUAACAUAUCUAUGAAAGAAGCGGACGAUACUUUGUCAGAACGAUUCACCACGGAAACAGAGGAUGAAACCGUGUCUGAAUCUGCAGAAACUAUGCCUGAACAAAGCGAAAAUUCAGACACUGAUCUAUUGGACCGAGUUAAAAGCGUUGACGAUGAUCUCUCAGGUAAUCCUAUUGACCAGCCAUUUAUCAAAAGGGGAAGAGGACGACCACGUAAAAACGCGAAAACAACUAAUAAAAAUGCUAAUGCAGACAAAAGCCCGAAAGUAAAAACCGGUAGGGGCAGCAAGAGAUUUCGCUUGAGCGAGAGAAUCGAAAUCGAACGGAAGACUUCGGAUUCUGAUACGGAUCGAUCGUACAGCGGUAGAAGACGUAAACCGAACAAGAAAUACUUGGAAUCCGAUAUAUAUGUUCAAGAUCCUGACUACAAAGCAUUCAAAACAGAUGAUAGUCAAUCUGAAAGUGAAACUAAGGUUUCCGAAAGAAAUGUAAGUAAAGGCAGAAAAGGUAAAAGAGGACGUCCGAAAAAUGCUGACAAGAAGAGCAGUGAACUCGUCACCCAGAUGAAUAAGCAAGAAAUAGAAGUGUCAGAUCAAACAUCAACUGUUGCUGAAAACAGCGUCUCAUCCAUCGAUAUGAAACAUGAAGUUUUUGAUAGUCACGUUUCUAAAAAGGAAAUAUUUUCCAAAGGAGAAGGAAAAUCUGAAGAAAUAAAACGCGAUGUACUCGAAGAGCGAAUAAAAACUAUUGUGGAUGAAACAACUGUUGCAAAAAUUGAUGUGGAUGUAUCUUUGCAAGAUGUAGAAAUGACUGCAGUCACAAGUAAAGCGGAGGAAAUAAGAAUUGAUUUGGACAAAACUAUCAAGAAGUCCUCAGAUGAGAAAGAAAAGAAAAAUUCAUUAAAGUUAAGUAAAAAUAAAAAUUUUAAAGAUCAGAAAAAGCUUUCAAUUCUAGAACAAGCUGAAGAUAAAGUUGAAACACAGCGAGAUGUUCCAAAAACAAGUGUGGAUAUGUUACCGCCAAAAAAAUCUCAGAUGAAAAAAUUUGAGUCAUCGCAAAUAGAUGUUUUUGAUACGGAUGUGCAGACUAAUAAAACUGUCGAGGGCGAACUUGAAUCUGAAUGUAAAGCUAAAUCUGAAUGUAAAGCUAUUGAAUCUAAGGUUGAACUUAAACAUCAGUCCGUAUCUCAAAAUGAUGUUAAAGAAAAAGUAAAUAAAGAGGACGAAAUAGUGAUAAAAACGACAGUAAGUGAGAUGACAGAUGAAAUCGCAAAAAUUUUGGACACCAAGAAAGAACAGCAGGAAAUUCUGAAAAAUUCUGAAUUACAGGAAAAAUUAAAUAAAUCAGAUGAAAAAGAGCAAGACACGCAAUCGAUAAAAGUAUCGCAGAAUACACAAGAUGUUAAUCAGCUUGAAUUAAAACCGCUGGAAAAAUCAUCCGCAGUAUCAGAUGACGCAGGAAAUACACCAAAGAGUCCAACCAAAACGAUAACCGAGCAACAAUCAACUCCCAAAAAAUCUCCUAUGCAGACGAGAUAUAAAGGUAAAUUUACUCCAGAAACGGGCAAAGGAAAAAAAGACAAAGAUUUGUUUGCGGAAGAAAAAUCAACCAAUACAUUUCAGGAAGCUUUCCUGAAGACUCUACAUAUGGAUAAGAAGAAGAUUGAAGGUACCGACUCACCUAAGAGUAAGAAGGAGAAGAAGACUACCAAGAAGAAAGCUGAAGAAGUUGAUGUAAAUAUUGCAGCUAUACCUGUACAAAGUCCUACAAAAAUCGACGAUUCGAAUAAAAUUUUAGGCGUUUCCGAAAAUAUUCUUAUUGAGGGAAACGUAUCGGAUGUUGUGAGCAAUUUGGAUAAUAUCGAAGUGGUUAUCGAGGAGAAGAUAGAGAUCGAUAAUCAAAUUAAAGACGAGACAGGUACUCAGCUUGAAUCAUCACCCAACGAAGUUGUUACGUCUAAAUCAUCCGUUUCCGAAAAUAAUGCUAAAACUAUCUCUGAUGUAAAAAAAUUGGACGAAAUCCCGAAAACUUCUGUGUCUACAUCUCUAUCGUCCGAUAUCAGUGUCCCGGUGAAGAAGCGCGAAAUGCCGCGAAUAAUAGAAAAUGUUGCGUUGACCGAACCGAUGCAAAUUCUGAAAUCGAACAAACUGAAAGGCACAAAGCAUAAAUUGGAGAUGGACGUCACGAAGAAAAGCGAUCAAAAGGGUGGACCGAAGGCAAAGAUAAUGAAGAUAGAAACCCUACCUUCAAAUAGUAAGGUAAAAACUGUAAAAUCCAGUCCUCAUAUGUCUCUAACUAAGAAGCUACAAGUUUUGAAGACAGAAGAGACGGAUGCGCUUCUAGAGGCGCAAAACAAGGAACAAAGCGGAACGACCACGACGCAGACCAUCGUGACUACCGUACCGGUGACAGAGAAAUAUAUACAACAGAGCUCCCAGAGUUUGGCGGACAUGGAGCUGGACAUUAACUCAAUGCCGUUCGUCCUCAGCGAAGACGUUCUAACACCCGAGAGUAUCGAGCAGAUGCCAGUCGUUAUAUCCUCCAUCAUACCAGCAUCAAGCUCGAUUCCAGCCACGCUCUCUUUCACUCCGACUACGGGAAUAAUAUCGCCCACUAAGCAGACUCAAUUUAAGAUCGCGAACGAGACCACCACCGUCACCGAAACGACAUCGCCAACGAAGAAGAAGAGCGGCAUGCCGGCGAUAUUGAAGAAGGAAAGCAAAGUGAAACCGACCAUCACGAGCGUCAAGACCCUGGUGCCACCGCUCACCGGCGGUGUAAAGGGUUUGAAAUUUCAGAGUGCUCAACCAAUAACCGCCAAGACAGCACCGCCCCUCUUGACGCAAAAAGGUAAAUACGUUGUUGUACAAACGGCGGGCACACAGCAACUACGUUAUAGCGUUCAAGGCAAACCCGGUACGCAACAGAAGAUCACCAUUCCAACCAGCGGCAAGGCGGCGGGCAACGCGCAAGUGAUUCAGCAAGGUAACAAGGUCGUCAUACUUACGUCAGGUCAGUCGAAAACGGUGCCGCUGAAUAUUUCCAAGUCUCUAAGCGGUAAGGUACAAAGAAUCAUGACGAGUAAGGGCCAGUUAUUAUGUCCGAUCAGUCCGCAGAGUAGUAUAAUCACUUCAAAGAUCAUCGCGCCGAAGACUGACACUGCUACUGUUGCCGCUUCCACUGGUUCGCCCACCACGUCAAAAUUAACCACCGGUGGUCAUAAGAUUAUUAAUACGCAGGGCAUAAUUACGUCCAAAGGUGUACUCACUCCGAUUUCAGGUACUAUAACCAAAACGGCGAUAUUAGGUACGAUAUCCCAGGGAAUUCUCAAGGGUGGCCUGUAUACUCCGAUUAAUGCCUCGGCUUUGAGCGGAAAAGCCAUUAUCGGCUCGAAGACUACAAUUACGAAAGGCAGUGCUACUCUUUUAUCUCAGCAACCUCAAAAUCUAGGCGGCUCGAAAGCGAUCUUGACACCAGUUCCUCAAACUCUCGCUGGUAAGACUCUAUUAAACACACAGGCCAUCGUCAGCAGCAAAGGUACCGUCUUGACGCCGAUAAGCGGACAACAGAUGAAGGCUAUUGCUGCUAAAAGCCCGGUGAAGGGUGGCAAAAUACAAUAUCAGGUGCAGCAAAAGGUACAGCUGCCUACAUUGCAAAAAUCGCCAAAAGUCCCGAUAUCGGCUGCGAGCACGCAAGCGAAACAACCGUCCGGAAAAUCAAGUAGCACAUUGAUUAUACCGAAUACCAUCAUCGGGACAGGACCUCAGAAAAGCACGUCGCACAGUAAGAAGGGCGCCAAGCAACAAGUGAUGCAACCAGGAGCUACCACCAUCAACAUCGCUUCACCGAGCGGCGCACAGCAGACGGUAACGAUGGUUGCACAGCAAGUGCAGCCAAAAGGGAAGAUCACAACCGUUCAAAAGGUCAUUAUUCCUAAAACUGGUCGUCAGACGAAGACUCAGCAGAAGUUUGUCGUUCAGAAAGGCCAGGAAUCGGUUGUAUCGACGGUGCAGAAUGUCCAAGCGAAGCAGACGACCACGACAACAUCAGCCAAUGUACCUAUGACUGUCAAGACGGUCGCUCAAUCGAAACAGACAUCCCCUUCGAAGUCCUCCACAAAGGCCUCUUCUGCCUCGAACAAAGCGCAGAAGAAUCUGCUGAAUAUCGCUAUGAAUUCGAUCAGCACUGUCACAACGAACGCGAAUAUCGUCACGACCAUGCCGUUACCUCCACUGGAUCCGAUCGUGCCGGAGAAGAAGGUGAAGACGGAUCUUCAGGUUGCGGAUACCGUUCCGCAGAAAGAGGUAGGUAAAGUCGAGAAAACUCCGAGCGAGAAAAGCAGUGGUAAUGCCGGAAAAGCGGAAGAGCCGAAAGUGCAGGCCGCGCAACCACAAAUCAUGGCCCUGCCGACAGAAAGCGGUGAUGGUACGCAAACCUACGUACUGGUCACGAUUGACGAACAAGGACAGAUACAGCCACUCGAUAAUAACACUCUUAUGUCAUUGGAGGGAACUACGCAGAACCCAGACGGCACGAGAACCUUGUACAUAGAUCCUAGUUCUCUGGGAGAGGCCGGUACCUUGGAUAACAUCGUUCUCCAAUUUGACAACGGUGUCUUGCCGAACAUUCAGACCAACGUAACAGAGGCUAGUCAAACGGCAAUUAUAACUGAGAGUUUUCCUACGUCGGACGUGAUACAGACGUCGAAUCAAGACAUCCUGGCAGCCGCUCUCGCUAAUACGGACUUCCAGCAGGAGAUCAGCUUGCCGGAGAAUCAAGCAUCCGGCAGCGUCAUGACCCAAACUGGUCUGACUCAGACGAGUCUGAUCAAUCAGACGAUACUGCAAUCGACCAUUAUACCACCCAGGGAACCGAUAUCAUCACCGUCGGUGCUGGAGACCUCGUUGACUCUGAAUCAACCGAUCAUGACGCCGCUCGAAGUCCCGAGCAAUCUGCCAAUUCAGUCGACGGACUCGACUUCUACGUCGGUGGUGUCCACUAUCCCGUCAUCUCUCGAGUUGCCGAUCGCCAUUACGAAUCCUAGCAUCUACAUAACUGCUACGGGUGAGUCGCAGAUUCAAAUCCCUGGGAACUCAAUGCCGGACAUUGGCGAGAUAAUUGAGAGUCCGGCAACAGCGAGCAGCGGAGAUAUCGAUCAUACAAAGAUUCCCGCGAGUACUCAAUAUCUGGUGAUCCCAAAUCUGGAAAACAACAUCGCGGUGGAGACGCAAAACGUGCAGGGCGCCGAGGUCGCGAUCGCACCCUCGGCCUCGUACACGGUCACCAUGCCGAGCAGCAGCAUAGUCCUAGAGAGUCCACAGGUACAAACCACUCCAUCGAUGCCGAUCAUCGACGAUACAUAUACGGACAAUUCGCAAUUCGCCACAACGAUUGUCGCCGAGCAGACGUUCGUGGACGUGCCGGUGUCGGAGAUGCUGGUCUCCAAAGUGCCGACAGUCUCCGUGAAACAUAUACCGUUGGAUGACAUCGCGGACACGUCGGAGUUGAUCAUCUCUACGCAUCAAGUACCGGCGUCUCCGCAAAAACAGAUUAUAUCGACCGAGAAGGAGCAGAAGCCCGCGCAGGAAGUCUAUUCUUCCCAAGAAGUUCCUAUCACAUCCGAAGAGUUGAUCUUACAGCAAUCAGCCAAGGAAGGUAGCGUCUCGGAGAGGAAAGGCGACGAUAAGGAGGGCGACGCACCGAUGACCAGUUUACCGAUAAUAGAUGAAGCCGCCUCCGAAUCUAAUUCUAGGACACAACGGAUGAGCUUCGAAGUGACUGAUUCCAGCGAGCUCAAAACCGCCGAAUCGCAGGAGACGGACGCGGUGGACAAGCAACUGAAGCAGCUAACGUUUUCCGAAGGUAAAACUAAUUUAACAGAUCAGCAGGUAGCAGGUACGUCGAGUCAAGCGAUGGAGACUGGAGGAUCGGCAGCUUCGCAAGUUCUACCAGCCGAGUCGUUGAACGCCACGAAUGACGCGACCAUGGAGGUGGACGAAGCUGUGGUGGAAUCGGAAUUGUACGCCGGCAGCACGAGCGACAAGCGAGGUACGGAAGAGGGUCAGAAGGACGAGCCGUCGUCGCAAGAGGAAUCCGACAGGCGUCGUUUGCGCCGGAGCAUGGAGCUGCACUUCGAGGAGGAGGAAGAGGUGGUGGCGAUCGCGGAAGCUAGUCAAGAGACGCCGUCGCAGUCUCAAUACGAGCAAUUCAACGUAUCCCUCAGCAAUGACUCCGCGGAUCUACCUAGUCAGUCCGCCGGCAAGCUGGAGAGCUCGUCCGGCGAGGCCACGCAAUCGAUCGCAUACGAGUCGAUGGAGACGGACGAGGAGACAGUCGUGGCGGAGCCGCCGACCCAGUCCUUCGAGCAUUCGAAGAUCAACGAGGCGUCCCAGUCGUACGACGAGGUUUCGACGGAGGCCAACGUCAACGCACCGACGCAAUCCUUCAACGAAGUACAGAGUCAGGUGGAACGACCAAGCGCGGACGAGACGAUCGAUGAUCAGAGCUUUCCCACGCAGAGUUACGAAGUCGAUAAGGGAGAGAAUCUGACAGAGGACAUGGAGACCGACGCCGAGAUCAGUCAGGAAGGUAAUAUACCGUCGCAGUCCAACGACAUCGGUGCCGAUGGUAUCGGCACGUCGUCCGUGUCGACCAACAAUUCCGGAUUGAACGAGGACGAGACGGCGAGCUCGUCCUACGUCCCAGAGACGCCCGAAAAUCAGGAACGCGAUCAGGAUCAGGAAAGCGCGAUAAGCACGUCGUCUUACGAGAUUCCGCCGUGCGAGGAGCUCAACAUCGCCUCGUCCAGCGUGAUACCCGACACGUCUGUCAGCGCGGAACACGCUAGUAUCCACGACAACGGUGUCCCGGAGAUCCCGACCUCCUCGUCGUACAACUUGAAUCCCGAUAUCACGUCGACUCAUCAUGUAGAUUCCGUGCCUACUUCCAGUUACGAAGACCAGGUGAUAGUCGAGCAGAACGUGUCGACGUCGUACGAGGUGCCCAUCUCGAUGCCCGGCCUGGAGGAGACCUGUUCCCAGAAUUUCGUUACGGAAAGCAGCGAUCAUCAUCGGAACGAGCCGUCCAGCUAUUACGCCCAUCAUCAGGAAGUGACGGCAAGUUACUACGAGUCCGUGGACCAGGACGCGAACUCCCGACUGGAGGAGGAUCCUCACGAGGAGCACGUGACACCUGGCGGUUACUACGAGGGCAAUCCCCAGGAGGUGAGUCAGAGCUAUUUCACGCCGACCGAGGAGGAGACGCCGAAUUACACCAGCCAUGGUAUCUCGCCCGGCUACUACGAUCCCAGCAGACCCGAAAGCGAGGCGAGUCAGAGUUACUACUCCACGGACGAGCUAGACGGUAAGACGGAGCAGCAGUCGUCGUCCACGUCGCCAAACAUCGAGGCGUCGCAGAGCUUUUAUCAGGAACGAUCGGGCGAACUGAGACUGAGGCAGCAGGGCGAGGCUACACCGACCUACACCGAGGGAUACCCGGUGGAUUACACCCUGGAGAACUCGCCGAUCGAGAGGCACGAUCUCGUGGAGAGUUCGGUGCCUGCCACCAGGCCUAUGGAGAGGUAAUAUCCUGCGGGGGAUGGUAGCGAGAAGAGCAAGAGUCCCCACUUGAAAUAGACUAUCGGUCGUCGCUGCUUCUGCAGAUGCCCUUGAACAUACAGACUUUUUAGUCUAUUUUCAAAUGUACAUAUGAAACAGAUUUGAUUGUUAAGAUAAAAUUAUAGUAAUGUGUUAAGUAAGCGCUCUGAAAACUCUUAAGGUAAAAUUUAGCUUUAGGUUUUAUUGUUAGGCCCCCUACGUACAAAGAGAUGCGUGUUAAAAUGAAAAACAAAAAAAAGUCGCGAAUAUGUGUAAUUUGUUUUUAGAAUCCGGUACGGAGGGAUUAUAUAUACAUGGUUUCAUAUAUAAUUGCAUUAUAAUUGCGUUAUAAUCUUGAUUUUACUGUCCUCGACGUUUGAGAAGGAAAUGUAUAUAAUCACAUAAAAAUUAAAUUGAUUAUUAUUUAUAUAGGAUGUAUUGUCUACGUGUCACAUUUUGGAACGAUAAUAAUAAACAUCUAGCUUAGCAUGUUUUAAGUAGGAAUAUGUCAGACUGGAUUUCGUUUAUAUUACCAUCCGAGAAAGUGACAAACAUCCUGUAUAUAAAGAAUUAUAUAUUAUUCUUUGUUUAGAGUAUCGUAAAGAUUUAUGUCAGAGAUGAGCGGUUUUCGAUUUCUCCGUCAAUAUUUCUGUGUGUUUUACGAUGGAGUAGUAGUGAGAAUUACGAUGGGGAUUGCAGGAUAAAGAUUUUAUUUACAAGAUGAUGUGAGAAAUAUGUCUGCGACAUGAUAAUCAAAUAUGAAUAAUAACCGAAAUGAAAUAUUUGUAAAAUCAAGAAGGAAAGAAUCCCAAGAUUUUCACUGCUAUUCCGUAAUGUCCAGUCGUAACGUAAGCAAGUUUCAUUUAUAACACACUUCUAAGAAAUAAAAGAGAGAGAGAGAGAGGUCAUGUAAUUAUAUAUAAGAAGUACAGAACCGUAACAAAUCCAAUGGUGCUUCUGGCAAUACACCUGACUUUUUAGUCUUUUUAAACUAUCAAAAUUGGUAUAUUCUCGUUUGUUUUGUAUCCUUUUUAGUACCUUAUAUUCUCUGCCUGGGUUUUCCCAGUUUGCUUACACCCCCAAGUAGCAAACUCACGUCAUUAAAUGUAAAAAUGACGUAUGCUUGCUAUCUGGGAUCAAUACAAAGAAAACAAUACGUCUUAUCGUAUAUCCAUUACAAUAAAACAUGUAUACCUUGCAAUUUGGCGAAGACGCGAUAAUAAAUAAGAACUUUCUCGUUUGAAGACUUAACUUUUUUUCGUGGAUAAGUUACGCCACGCCUCGCUUUGCUCAAUUGUAUAUGUGAACAAUGUAAUAAUUUUUUAAAUUGUACGCGACGUUAAAAUGUGCAAGGCUUUGAGCGAAACGAGGAUCGUUCUCUAUUAGGCUUACGUUUUAGUUCGUAGGAUGAAAAGUUUAUAGACAACAUAUAUGGAAAAUAAAUUAAAAUGUUUAUUAUUUCACCUAUAUGAUGUGUCUAUCUUGAGUGUUAAUGAGAUGAUUGAUGUGUAAAAGAAAAGCGCGUAGAAAUUUUGUUAAUAGAAAAUCUGUCGUGUUUGAGAUGCCUAAAUUAAUUCGGAAUCUGUCAUGUAUAUCUUAAAUAGAUUUAUCUCAUCAGAUAUAAAUCCUGAAAAAGAUUUCACAGUAAGUAUGUAAGUAGCAGAAUGUGAAGAUUUUAAUUACAUAGAGUGGAUAUAAUGAAUGAAGAUUUCUUAUGUGCAAUCCUCAAGCAAGACAGAUUUAUCAGAAAAUGGCAUAAGAAAUAUUAUACUAUAUUCUUUAUAAUCUCAUGUUAUUUCAAAAAUAAAUUUGUUUUUAUUUCU